CAGCCACCAAUUUUGGAGAACAAUUAAAAGCCCUGCACACCGUUAUUAGAAGUUGACUUCUUAUAACGUUUUCUGUCCGAGCGGUUUCUUGACAUUGAUAAUAAACUACAGGCAAGAGAAUAGCAAAGGAGAAGAGAAUGGCAACAUCGACAACUACAAGUUUGUUCAGUUUGUGUUCCCUGCUAAUGGCCAUUCUUUUUGCAUACUCUGCAUCUGUUCAAUUAAAUGAUCCUGAUUGGUAUUUUUGGUUUCCUCUAUAUUCAUGUGCUUGCAUCGUUAAUUUGACAAACGGCGUUGUCUCAACCAAACUGAGAAGGAAAAUUGGCAUAAUUACUCUAUGCUCUGGGAUUUUGUUAUAUCUCAAAGUUGUUCUGGAAGAUGUUGUAUAUGGAAUAGCGGGGUUUUGGUCACUGGAUCUAAGUGAGAGAGUUGUUAGGGAAAAAAUUGGAAGCAUAUUAGUUGUCAUGUCGAUGAUCUUGCAAAUGGAAGCAUUCAAAGUUCAGACUAAUAAUACCUUGAAAACAAGGGUGAAGGAAUUCUCUAAUAUGGUAAAAUAUGGGAUGCUGAUCUUAGUGGGCUUUAGCUACAUGUUACCCCUGAUCUUCUUUGUGGUCCUAAAAGGAGAAAUGAACAAGUUCUAGUUAGGACACAAGCUUAUGUCGUUCUUUUGUGUUUGUAAAUUCUUGAAGAAAAAGAAGUGUUAAACAAGUCCUUGAGAAAAUUUUACAGUAGACUUAGGUCCUUAAGAGAAAAUGUGCCCAAUAAAUCCCCGAAGAAUUGUAGCAGUUGAUUUAUAGGUCCUUAAAGAAAGAAACACCCUUUGUGUUCUGUGUAUUUGGGCGCUUCUUUAGCCAAAACAUAAAGAUAAAUUCAAUGAACACUUCCAUGCAUGAAAGAAAGAUUUAUCAACAAAGGACACAAUUUUCAAACAAGAUUCUAAAUUAGUUAAAGAGAGGCAAUAAGUUAG